AUGAUUUCGAAUGGAUUACCAGUUCUGUUAUACGUUGCUUGUACAGCUACAUUCAUUAGUUUACACGUGGGCGAUCAGUUCUUGAUAUUAUUGUGUCUUCAUUUUUCGUUAUGCAAAGUAUUUUCUCGAGUUAGCAGCAAUAGUUUGUUGCUUGUGAUUACUAUGGGUACAGUGCUUACAGCUGAGAUAAUGGCUCUGAAGACUUUGUUGCCGCUGCUAUGGAGUGCUCCAGUUAAUUUACUGUACAUAUUACUCAUCAAUUGCUUUCUCUGUCAUUAUUUUGUGUGGUCUGUGUUAGAGUUUUCUCUUGCUAAUAUUGAACAUGAGGUUCUUGAGAUUCCAACUUUCAGUAGCUUGCCAACAAGCAGCUGCUUACUGAUCAUGAUCUUGGGCUUUGGUCAUUGGAAGGAACAUUUGUCUGCACUGACAUGCUUUCUUAGUGUGCCUACCUUAUGGCUGUUCUCCAGAUAUAAACCGAAAAAACAUCUUGAAAUCCUCUGGAAUUCUUUCAUGGAAGCGUGCAUUGCUGUCUUGCUAUAUCUGUUCCCUGCCUUGAAUUAUAUGAUCUGUUAUUUCUUGAAUGAAAGUGACAAGUCAUUCCUUAAAUUCACGGUCGAGAUUCUUUUUUUAAUUACAACAACACAUCUAAUAUCAUCUCAACUUCGUGUUCAAAUUCUGCUAACAACUAAAACUUCUUUAGAUAGACAGAUUUCCCUUAUUGUUCCUCCUUUGAUUACUGGAAUGGUUUUACUUGGCUUACACACUGAAUUUUUUAACACUAUGAACAACGCAUUUAGUUAUUUGUCCAUAUUUACUGUACAGUCUCUAGUCUUUUUACUCACGGUUUCAGUUAUAUGGCUUAGAUACUAUCACCACUCUAAGAAAACACAACUGUUUCUGAAGUUCAUGUCAGCGAUUCUAUGUAUUAUGAUCAUUGUAUUGUAUUGGAAUAAACUUUCGGACGUGCUUAGAAUUUCGCGACAGCUUCCCUGGAAUAAAAAGUCUAUAAAUCAUUUGUUUUGGAGUGGAAUUGCUUGUCUUAUAUUUUCUUUAAUUACGUUGUUUACCUAUGAGUAUGGAAAUCAAGAAAUAUUUGAUGUAAUCUUUGGGAUUUCCCUGUGCAUUCUACAUUAUUCCGAAUGGUGUUUAUAUAUGACCGUUAAUAUUUCUGAAUCGUGGCUGUACAAUUCUUGCAUAAUGACUGUUGUAUCAGUAUUACUGGCAGCUGCAUAUACAAACCAAAGACGUUUCAUAGAUAACUCCGUUUUAAAUCGGAGUCCUUCAAUAAAAAUUUUCAGUUGGCACGUUUUUGCUCCUUGUUGUUUAAUUCCAGCCGUUUUAAAACUCCUUUUACUUUGGAUAAGUAAAUAUGAAGAUAAUCCUACCCACCAAAACAUAUUGAAUCAUCGUGUACAUUUCAAUAAAGACUUUGUUCUGGGUUUAUAUCUACUACUUUUGGGAUUUGUUUGCAGUGAAAGAAUAUAUCAAUUUGGAAAACAACUGGCUAAUUAUCUCAUGAAUUUUUAUCCAUUUUAUUUAUUGAGUCAUAUUGCUAUUGAAUCAUUAAUGAUAUUGGGGUAUUUUUAUGCUGCUUUUGUGUUCGUUUGGCCCCAAGUGAUGUUAUUUCUAAACUUGCAUACUGAUCUAUCAUUCACUUCAAAUAUUCAUAUACUAAUUCGAUUAUCUAUUUCAUGUCUAGUGACCAGUUUAGCUUUACUCAUACCAUCAAUGUUGAAUUUAACUCGAAGAAAUCCUGAAAUGUCUAGUCAUUCUCGUAAUUUUGGAAAAAUUGGUUCAUUACUUUUAGCAAUAGCUUUUAAUUCAAUUCAUCUUGAUCUCAAUAUGUCUGGCGCUAUUGUUUACUCUGUAACAAUUCCUACUUGUGUAUUAUGCAUAACUUGGAUGAUAUGUUUAUUUGUAUGUUUAUUCGCUUAUGGAAAAUUUACAUUCGAUGUGAAAAGUUUAUUUGUUUAUAUACUGCAAAAUCUAAUUUAUCCUGGCUUAUUUAUUAUUUCUGUGUCAUUUACUUCUAUAAAAUCAAUGAAUAUAUUUCCUUCCAACUUGAUUGUGUUUUUUAUUUUCUCAAUCUUUAUAUCAUGUAUGAUUUGUCUUGUAAUUUGGGAUAUUAAUGAUGAUUUAUUCACCGAUCAAAUUCAACAAACGUUUAUUAACUGCGAAUCUAAGAUGGCAAUGACUACUUUCGAAAAUAAUAACGAUAAUAGUUCAUUGGAGAAACCAUCAUCGAUUUCACUGAACAACACAAGAGGUCAUUCGUCUGUAUUUAAUUUAUCCGGUGAAUUAUUUAUAAGGUUAAUUUUGUUAAUCGGUUCAUUAGUUAGUUUAUUAACCUUAUUGAUUUAUCUUACUUAUCAUAUGGAAUUAUCUAUGGUUGAUAAUAUUUGUCAAAUGUAUACAAUAUUCUCAUUGAAAAUAUUUUGUAUUGCACAAAUCUCUGUUGGUUAUCCUCAAAAAUGGCUCUGCGACAAGGUUCGAUGUCGAUCUACUCAACUCUUUGACAAUGAUUCCAGCAAUUUUUUACGCUCUGUUUUAAUAUCUAUGGUCAACGUUUGUAUAAUAUUAUCAGUUAUACUUCGUUAUCAGUUCUGUCCAAGUUUCUUUACAGAUAUAGAAAUUUUCUUUCUCCCAUGGAUUUUCUUCACAUUUCAUGGCAAACAAAUUAAUCAAUAUCGAAAUGUUUUAGCACUAACCUGUUUCACUACUAUUUUAGUAUAUAUGGUAUUUAUUGAUUCACCAAUUGUGAAAGGCUAUGCACCACCUUUGCCAACAUUUGAUCGUCAAUUUUUCGGACGAACAAAUUCACCAGUGUAUUAUUGGAGUGAAUUCCUAUUAACUAUUGCAUUAUGUCCAUUGCAUGUAUUAUUUCUUGCAGAUCAAUCCAACAUAACUACACAAGCUUUAGUUGAUCUAAUUUUUUUCAACCAGUUCGGUAAAUCACAUACACAUAAACAAUAUUCAACUUUAUCAUCAUCAUCAUUCAUAUGCUUAAAAUGUAUUAAAUUGCAAAUAGCCUAUGCUUUAAGUUACAUUUUUUCAUGGAUAUUCUAUACAACUUAUGGAUUAUUACCAUUUUGUAUUAGUUAUUGGUUUAUAGCUAGUUCAUUAGCAUCGGCAAUUUUUGGUUUUUAUAGUUUUAUUAUUUGUAUUUAUUUAUUACUUCGUGUGAAUAUUGUCACAGACAAUGAUUAUUAUUAUUCUUACACAUAGAACAAAACCGAAUUUUUGUCUUGUAUGUUACGCUUCCUCCUCUUCUAUUUCUACUUCUUUGAUUGUUCGCUUAAAACUAUCAUGAAAGCAUUUUUCUUUAUGGGAUUUUUCUCUCUCUCUCUCUCUCUAUGUCUUUU